AUGAUGAGUGAUAUUGGUAGUGAGAAUCAGAAUAGAGAGAUUCCUACUAUUCCAAGUCGUCCAAAGAGAAAGUUGAAAGGAAUUGAUGGGGAGGAAUUGACCCCUGAAGUUGCUGAUGUAAGCAAGAAUCAGAAGGAGGUAGUGGAGAAGGAGAAGGAGGAGGAGGAUACACCACCACCAGUGCCAGAAAAGGAGACCAAGGAUGAUACUGAGAAGGAGACUGAGAAGAAGGACGAGGAAGAUGAGAAGAAGGAAGGUAUUCCUGAAUUGGUGGGGAAGUCUGGUCUGACAAUUAUCCCCAGCAUACCGGCAAGACCACAGAAACAACAAUUAAUAGCAACCACAAACUCUUCGUUUGAGACACCUCCACGUCCAAGAGGUAGAGGGGUAAACGAUUUCCCCCUGCCAUCUGUAGAUCUUUCGGAGGUUCCCUUUGGAGGGAAUGGGUCUGGGAAGUCACAACAGGACGGGGUGACGCCAUUGGAUGAACUUCCAGAGCCUUCUAUUGAGGCGCGUACCCCUGAAAGAACUCCUAGUACAAGCACCCGCGUGCCCCAACCAGCACCCACUCCAUCUACCUUGGGCUCACUUGACCGGUUAGAUGAAGUUUCAUCGAUCCUUGCCGAGCCAAUCGUCCCGUUCAGACCUUCAAAGAAACGCAACGCAAUAGAAAAUGAAUCCCCGACAUUCAGUGUGGGUACAAAUGAUUAUGCCAUGUCUUCAGAUGUAUCGAUUGUGACCACACCUGUAGGAGGGGAUCCUACUCGGAAUGAUGAUCUUAUCAGGGAGGAGGAGGAGGAAGAAGGCGAGGAAGAGAAAAAAGAUGAGACCAAGGAAAUUGUGGAUGAACCGAUUGUGAGACCAAUGAAGGUGGAUAGUAUGAAUAAAAGCUUGCCACAGAUUCCUAAACGUCCAACAAAGGGGGAGGUGGAUGAUGUGACCAGUUCCGAUGAAUCACCGGUAAGUCUUUUACCAGCCAACGAAACAACCAAGGAUGAAACACAGACGUCCAUUGGAAGUGUCAAUGCCGGUAAACUCAAUUCUGAGCACAGUGAUGGAGAAGAAGGAGAUGGGGACAAGACUCCGGGAAACAGUGACACCAAGGUAACUUUCAAGACAUUUGAAGAGGAAGGAGGUCCGAUUUCAGACUCUUCUAGCUUUGAUGAUGAUUUGGAAACUGUUCUGCAAGAACGGGAGGAAAAGGAAGAGAACAAACAAGAAGAUGAUAAAGUGGACACACCUGCCAAGGAUAUCCCAAGUAAUUCUGUUACCCCACCAGCUGUUCCAGAAAAGGAUCCGCAGAGUUCUGAAGGUUCUGUUGUGAAACCCCCAACAAUUCCAAGAAGACCUCCAAGACCAGCUAAAGUUGUUAGUGAAGGAUCUAUUUCAUCUGGUGCUUCAGGAUCUGAUGUACCAACAACCAAAAGUAAACCUCCACCUCCAAAGCCAAAGAAACUUUCUUCAAAGAUUGCUGCUUUCCAAGAAAUGUUCAGUCAACAAUCGAAACCAUUACCAAGUAUCCCUAGACGUGAAGUCAAGGAGAUUGACGAGAGUGGGUCCGGUUCCAGCUCUCCUUCCAUUCCCAAGAGACCUUCCAAGCUUUCUGAUAACCGGGCCAAGUUUGCCCAAAGUUUGCAAGGCAUGAUGGGACGUGGGAUUGCCAUGCCAGGGAUGGUUAACCCAGCAAUGCUAGCUGGUGGAGAAGAUGAAGAAAAGGUAGAAGAAGAGGAUGAGACAACCGUGGGGGGUGUAGAGAAGAAUGAAGAGCCUCCGAAGGAUGUGAGAAAGGGACGAGCCAAGGGACCAAGAGGAAAGAAAUUACCGAAGGCCAUAAAGGAAGCACCCCCAGUGGAAACAAGUCCGAGAUUCGAUAUGGUUAUUGAAGACUUGUGGGAGGUUACUCGUCAGGAAGUUGAAGAGAAGCAAGAGAGUUUGGAUGAUGAUAUAUCUUCUGAAGAAUUUACUUUUGAUGUUCCUACCCAUGUUGAGAAUGAAAGGGAUGCCCUGGUGGCUUCUGAGCCUUUGGAGGAAGAAGAGUCUGUUGUUGUUAGUCCGCCACCAUCUGUGACUGAAAUUAGUACAAUUGAGGAGGAGAAUGAGGAGGAGGAUGAAAAUGAUAAGGAGACAGUUGAAAAGGAACAGGUGGUUGAUAGAGAGGGUACGAAUGACUAUAUUAAAGAAGGGAAGGUUGAACAACGUAUUCCUAUUGAAUCUAUUACUGAACCUCUGUCUAGUGAGAUUUCUAGUGGGGUUGUUUCUACUGAGGCUGCUCCUUCUGAGGAUAUUUCUACUGAUCCUGUCUCUACUAGUCAUGUCUCUGGUGAACAAGUCUCUACUGAACAUGGCUUCACUGGUCAUGUCUCUACUGAACAUGUCACUAGUGAACAUGUCUCCACUGAUUCCAAUCCUAUCACUCCUAACCCUAUCUCCACUUCAAUACAAACAGAAUAA